CUGCGCGAAUUAAAAUUUAUGAAAUGUGUCAUGUGCUCGACAUGUCGUGUAAUAAAUAGUUUAAUUAUCGACCUGUCCUUACUGUUCGAAUGCCGUUCGUUUCUCUUCGAUGAAUUUCAUGUAAUGGGUAUCAUAGAUCUCCUCUCUCUGAAAACAACAUCCUAGAACGCUAUGUCUAAUGAGGAUCGUUUGAGGAAGUUGCUAGCCGACUUGGGAAAAGCUACUUUACGCGGAGUUCGCAAGUGCCCGAAAUGCGGGACUUACAAUGGGUCCCGCGGUCUGUGUUGUAAAAACAAAUAUUGCGACGCCGUGUUUAAAGAGCCAGGUGAAAAGAGGAAACUGUCGACGGAGGCAUGCAAGUUGAUCACGGGCACGACUGCCCAAGUCUUCUCCGUGAGAGUACGCGACAAAGGGCCAGACUAUCGUGGAUUUGUUCAAUUACCGUUGAUAAACGCGACUAUCUCCAACGAAAUGACGACUCUCAUUUCACAAUCCACGGCACUGUGCUUCGUCGACAGCUGUGAAAGAAGUUUCGACACCAGUGUUCUAAAAUGUCACGAAAAAGAUUCAUCCGACGUGCCUGUGUCCACGUGCCAACAUAUACAGGCUGCCUUAAGAUGUUACGCAGAAGCUCAGCCAUUAACUUUAAGAAAUUCUAUUCUAUCGUCGUUGAAUGUAAAUAAUGAGAUCAAGCAAGAAAUUUGGCUACUGGCUACCGAGACCUCGGGUCCCUUGGUACAGCGUGUGUCCAAGAAUAUAAUGGCAGUGAAAUGCAAGGCUUCGCCGAAACACCCAUUAGGCUAUCUCCACUUCUCUCUCUUUGUUACCAAAUCUAAGGAUAAAAUCGAGCACCGUUACUUCUGUUCUUGUUCCGCGUUUACAGGUUUGGCGAAAACCGAAGAUAAAACAGACGUAGCACAAUCUUCCCAGAACAAUCGUUGCGUACACUUUUAUGCUUGCAUCUGCGCGUUUGCCAGUGACGAGAAACUGUCCGAGGAGUUCAGCUAUUACAUAAAUUUGGAUCAAAACGAUCUGAACAUACCGAGGCCACUGUCGACGGUGUUGCAGAAUAACGAACAAGAUAAAAUAAUAGGAAUCGAUCUCGAUGGUUUAGCCACGGACGAAACGGACACGCAUCUUUUGAUAUUCCGAGACGAUUCUUUAACGGUACAAAGUUUAGAUGGGAACAGGCUAGACUUGGAUUCAAUGAACUUAGAUUCCACAAUUUUACCACAUAAUAUCGUUGAGAACAUUGAAGUAGAAUGUGAUCGUACAUUGUUAGUAGACAAUAAUAUAAUAUCCCAGAUAAAUAACUUGGAGGUAAUCAAUCAAGGUGAUUUACAACCUGAUGGAAGUAGCGUCAAAGUGAUGGACGAUCAGACGAGCAUAGAAUCUAAGUACAACGUGCUGAACGAUAGUCAGUAUAUAUUAAACGAUAAUAAUAUAAAAAUCCUAAACACUGGGACUUUGAAGAUCCUCGAUGCGAACACGAUUUUAGAUGUGAAUAAUAUUAAAUUAAUCGACACGAACACCGUCUCGAACACGAGUGGUGUAAAGAUAGUAGAUAAGAAUGCUUUAGUGCAAUACGACACUGGUAGUCUGUCUAACACGGAGAGUAGUGUUUUACAACAGCCGAGUUCUACGAAACGAAAGAGGGACGACAAACCGGGAGGCGUGAACGCGACAAGCCUGAACAAUUUGAGUUCGAUAGAACCGAGGAAAGCUAAAGCGAAAGUACAUAUUGUGAAGAAGUAUCAGAAUCCUUGCGAGGAUCUAGACGAGGCCAAUAUAAAUUUACCCUUCGUCAAAUGGCUCGCGUCGAUCACGGAGAGGAUAAAUCAGACGAUGCACUUUCAGUUCGAUGGGAAACCGGAUCCUCUAGUGUUUCACGUGCCGCAAAUAUUUUUCGACUGUUUGCGCGAGAGGAUAUCGUGCGGUGGCAAGAAGAAACGUCUACCGAACUCGACCACGGCGUUCGUCAGAAAAGACGGCGUGCCUUUGGGCACCUUCACCAAGUACACGUGGCAAAUCACCAAUAUUCUGCAUGUGAAGAGUAUUUUCGAAACGCCUCUUAUACCUUUGGAGAUCACGAGGAGUUUCGUUCAGAACGCGGAUGGUACAUACGAGUUGUACAAAAGGGAAGAGACGGAGAUCGAUCGGUACAAAAAGACUAAUAACAACGCGUUAAUUAAACCUUUGGAAUUGAAGACGUAUUUGAAAGUCGGGAAUACUUCGCCGAAUCAAGUAGAGCCAACGCCGUUCCUGAUCGAAUGGAUACCAGAUAUCUUGCCGAUAUCGAAGAUCGGCGAACUUAGAAUCAGAUUCGAAUUUGGCCACGUAAAAAACGAGACGAAUCACAGAUGGAGGAAGAUAGCAUUAUUAAAAAACUAUUAAAUUUUGUAUUAUACUCCUCCUCGAAUUUGUAUUACCAAAUCUUCACUGUCCUGUCGUUAUUAAAUGCAUGUCUUUCCAAAUGGAACAGGAACGUAGUAUCCGGAUACUACGGUUCCUUCGCUAAAAUGUGAUGAACAUGAAAAAGAUUCUACGUAACUCGUUUCUAAAUUAAGUUCAAAGAAUUAAAGACUGAACAAUUCUAAAUGUUUGGAUAGUUGAAAGGAAUAACGAUUCGUCGUGGUGUCAGUAUAACGUAUUGCGAGAUUAGUCUCUUGUCCGUAAGUAAAUAUAUCAUAGAAUUAACUUUGUUAACACGUAGAGAAACGUACUAUCUCAUAAGAAUGUGAUACGAUGUAAAUAUAUACGUGUACUUUAGACUAUACGCUGUUAUGUAAGAGCCGAAAGAUGUUUGCAUUAUUUAAUAAAAAAGAAACACUUAAUUUGUUUUAUGAGGCAUCGAAUAAAUUACGUAUCCGAAGUACAAUUCCA